AUGGAUGUCGACAACGAACAUUCAGACGCUGGUAGUCAACGACAACCCAGUGCUGAACACACGCCGCAAGGAGCUACUGCGCAGGUUGGGGGAGGUUCCUCACAAGGGAAUCCUACCCCCACCUCAGUUCAGUCCUCCAAUACGCCCUCGACUGCAUCAGGUCCUGCAACAGCUAACGUCACCCAUUCACAAAACUCGAAACGCCGCCGAGGGCUGGGUGUUGUGACGCCCAAUGCCUGCACAGAAUGCCGCAAGAAGCGCGCAAAGUGCGAUGGCAAAAAGCCGUGCGGACGAUGUAGAGCACAGAAAGAUGCCGAAUGUGUAUACGAGAUUCCCGUGCGCCAGUCGAAGGAGAACCUCCGAACCGAAAUCGAAAUUCUGCGACAAAAGCAGCGUUCCAGUGACCAAGUCUUCGCUGCUCUUGUCCGACCAGAACUAUGGGAAGAGGUUCUAACCCGUCUUCGGGGCGGCCAACCCGUCGAAACCAUUUCAGAAUGGCUCGCAAGCGCACCACGCCCUGGGGAGCGUUCUAUAUCCUCGUUUCCUCCCCGUUCCGAGGCGCCUACCAUGGGUCCUAACCCGGGGUUCCCAGGAGGUGGACUGGGUACAUUGGCAGCCAUGAGCCUUGGUGCGAGCCAUCAACAGUCGCAGCAGUCUUCCAUGCGGCCCGAGAUGGGUCAGCACAGUCCCUGGCAAUCUACCUUCAGCCAAACCGAGUCAACAAGGAGCGACUCAUAUCCCGACGUCAUGAACUGGCAGACAGAUAUGCGAGGGCCGCCACAAAAUCGAGAUGGGUCAUGGGCCGAAGGGAUGAAUCCUGACCAAAUCUCGGACGGUCUUCCACGAUAUCGAGGAGUUGAACAGAUCCUCUCACCAUUGAAUGAACCGGGGCUCCGAACACCGGCUUCAACUUGGACCGUAAUUACCGGCGACAACGUUCUUGUUCAACACCUUCUGGCGCUGUAUUUCUGUUGGGAGUAUCCAACAUUUGCGUCCCUGAGCAAAGAACACUUUCUUCAGGAUUUCCAAAAGGGACGGAAUCGAUACUGUUCACCGAUACUGGUGAAUGCCCUUCUUGCAUUGGGGUGCCGCUUUUCGACACAGCCCAUGUCUCGAGCCAAUCCCAACGACCCUUAUACUUCUGGUGACCACUUCUUCAAGGAGUCAUUGAGACUAUUUGCCCAGGAAACGGAUCACCAUUCCCUUACAACUAUCCAAGCUUUGGGGAUAAUGUCGAUCCGAGAGGCUAGUUGUGGGCGAGAUUCAGAGAGUUGGUACUACGCUGGGCAGAGUAUUCGACUCGCCAUUGAGAUGGGACUCCACCGAAUAAUGGACGAAGGAGAUGAAGAUGAACUCGCUGUGCAGUCAGCAACCUUCUGGGGUGCUUUUGCGCUUGACCAUGCAUGGUCCCUCGCCACAGGCUCAUUGCCGCAAUGCUCCUGCUUCCCUCACCUACCACCAAAGCCCGCGAUAAUAGGAGACGUCGAAGCGUCUCUGUGGGUGCCUUAUACUGACGACGGCGCUCCCUUGCAACGCUCAUGCCAACAACCGUCUAACGUGCGUUCCGUGUAUAAAUGUUUCUGCGAACUCAGCGAGCUCGUACACCAAUCUCUGUACAUUCUUCAUUCCCCUGGCAAACCCUUGACAGCGAGAGAACUUUUGAACAUGUACACACAGUACCUCAAUUGGUAUGAUCGCAUACCUGAGGUCCUUCGACUGGGGCACAAUUUCACCCCAGCUGUGCUGUUCGCUCACAUGUACUAUCAUUUCGCUAUCCUACUCUUAUUCCGGCCUCUCAUCAAGCUCCGAAUCAUUGGAUCCAAGGUCUCGCCUCGCGAUGUCUGCUCACAGGCGGCUGACGCCAUUCAAGGCCUUCUAAGAUCUUACUCUUCACUCUAUACCUUGCGACGAACGCCCUCGUUCGUACCAUAUUUUGUUCUCACAUCAGCCAUCAUGCAUCUAGCGAUUGGCGCAACAACUGUCGGCUCGGAUACGACUGAGGUGGAUAUGGAGAAAGCGGUCAAGGUGGAUCCUCGUGUGGCCGAGUCCAUCACUCAAGGCAUUUCAGAUCUCACCGAGAUGGCUCCUUGCCACCAAUUCGCUGAGCAGGCUCUCAACAUACUACGUUAUUUGGCCGCAAAGUGGGACAUUGAGGUCGAGAACAACGUCGACAAGCUCACGGCGGAAGAGUACGACCGUUUGGUCUUGCCACAAACGGGGAGUCUCAACUUCUUCUCGCCCAACCUGAGGGAGGGAGACAUUACGUGCCAAUGGGGCGCGGGACCAUUCAUGGGAGAACAAUCACCUUCGGUCCAGAAGACAGGAGAUAGUAUGGAGAACCCCCUGUUCUGGCCUUUCCCGAUGCAAGGGCGGCCGAUUCUCCCUGAUGGUGUUGAGUUAGAACAUGCAGGUUUUGCGAUCAUAUAG